UUUAUCAUCUUUCUACCAUGUUCAUAGUUCUCAGCACAGUGAUUAAAAUCACAUCCAAUUCUGACCGUGGGUGACUGGAGAAGUCCUGCUACAACAACAAUGGCUGUCACCGCGUUGGCCGCCCGGGUGCGGCUGGGCGUGUGGGGCGUUAGGGCCAUACAAGCCCGAGGCUUCAGCUCCGAACGGUCGGACUUCGGUGCGGGCUCGCUCCAGGAGGCAGGUGGGGCCUUCGGGAAGAGAGAGCAAGCUGAAGAGGAACGAUACUUCCGAGCACGCACUAAAGAACAACUGGCAACCUUGAAGAAACACCAUGAAGAGGAAAUCACCCAUCAUAUAAAGGAAAUUGAACGUCUGCAGAAAGAAAUUGAGCGGCACAAGAAGAUCAAACAUCUAAAACAUGAUGAUGAUGUUGAUGAUUAA